AUGGUGAAGAUGGCCACAGACUCCUUGCUGACAACAACCUCGCACCGACACUCUACCACUGCACAUAUGAAAAGACUGGGGAUGUGGGUGGUAGUCAUGGACUUCAUCAAAGGUGGUACCGCUCACCAAGGGAACAAACUGAAUGCCGAGCAAGGGAAGUCACUCCACCGCGCGGUCGAACUGCUCCACGCUAAGGGUUGGGUGUUUGGCGACCUUCGAGAGCCCAAUGUCAUCCUCAAACCAGAUGCUGUCUGUUUGAUUGACUUUGAGUGGUGUGGGUGGUGCGAGGACAUUGAUGGUAAGGGUUUGGGUGCGCAGUACCCCACACAUAUCGCGACGGGGCCAGAUUACAAGUGGGCGGAAGGAGUUGGACCUGACAAGUUCAUUAGGAAGGCACAUGACUUAUAUCGUCUAGAGCAGAUCUGCUAG